AUGAGUCACAUCCACGCCAGUAGGACGCCGUCUCUCUGCUCUCUGGGAGGAAACUGCAGCGCUCACCAUCACCACAUCAGGACAUCUAAGCUGCUCCACCUGCUUGGCCACGCCCCCACACACAGCACCUACCUGCAGCCUCACCUGUUCCCAACUGUGGACGUCCCUGACCACGCCCACUACAUCAUCGGCUCUGUCAUCCUGUUGGUGGGGGUGACGGGCAUGCUGGGAAAUGCUCUGGUCAUCUACGUGUUCUGUUGCAGUCGGACACUGCGGUCGCCUAGCAACCUGCUGGUGGUUAACUUGGCGGCUGCCGACUUCCUGAUGUCUCUGACACAGUCUCCGGUUUUCUUUGUGGCGAGCCUGCACCGCCGCUGGGUGUUUGGCGAGCUGGCUUGCGAGCUGUACGCCUUCUGUGGCGCUCUGUUUGGCAUCACCUCCAUGAUGACGCUGACGGCCAUCGCGGUGGACCGCUGCCUCGCCAUCACACGCCCCCUGGCACUGCUGGGCGGGGUGAGUCGGCAGCGAGUGCUGGCGGUAGUGGCGGGGGUGUGGCUGUACUCGCUGGGCUGGAGUCUGCCGCCGUUCUUCGGAUGGAGCGCCUACGUACCCGAAGGCCUGCAGACGUCCUGCAGCUGGGACUACAUGAGCUUCACGGCCGCCGUGCGCACCUACACCAUCCUGCUAUUCGUCUUUGUCUUCUUCGUGCCGCUCGCUCUCAUCGCCGGCUGCUACUUCACCAUCUUCCGGGCGGUGCGGCAAGCGGGCCGAGAGGUGGCGCAGCUGAGCAGCGGAGAGACCAGCAAGGCGUACGAGCGCCUGCGCAGCGAGUGGCGGUUGGCGAAAGUUGCUCUGGGAGUGAUUCUGCUGUUCAUCGUGUCCUGGUCGCCAUAUUCUGCCGUCGCUCUGACCGCCACCGCCGGCUACGCCCACCUGCUGACUCCGUACAUGAAUUCAGUACCUGCCGUGAUCGCCAAGGCCUCCGCCAUCCACAACCCCAUCAUCUACGCCAUCACACACCCAAAGUACCGCGCCGCCAUCGGCCGCUACGUGCCACUGCUGCGCGUCGUGCUGCGGCUGCAAGAGAAGGACCUGCGCUCCUCCCUCAGCUCCAGCGUUGCUUCAUCUCGCCGUACGACGCUCACCAGCUCGCCAGGAGUCCGUCUUGGCGCCGCCCGGACCGACGGCCGAUGGGGGAGGAGCCGGCUGUCCUCGGUGUCCGACAGCGACUCCUGCUGGACGGAGAGCGAAGCUGACGGGUCCAGUGCAGGAUCGGCCGCCUUCAACCGGCAGGCGUCCGCCGAGGUCACAGCUGACCCGACAAGCUCCGCCCCUUCCUCCCAGCCGAGGGGAAUGACCAGCGGCGACCUGCCUGAUGGGGGCGCCGUGACAGAGGUGAAAGCUGUGCUGCUCCCUUUCUGA